AUGGUAUGGUUCCGUAAGAUUGGAUUUUUGAAGCAACGUAUUUUAGAUUUAUUACAUUUAUUUCAGAGAAUGGUUAUAUUAGACGAAAUAUUUAAGUUUCUAAGCUGUUCUUUAGACGCAUCUUAUCCAAUUUUUAUUUCACUUUCCAACUUUAAGAAUAGUAAUGCUUGUGCUAUAUCAGAUCUAAACGCUACCGCAACUUAG